AUGAAAAUACCUGCCCUUUUCCUUGUCCUCGUCACCGUGGAGUUGGCGGUGGCCCGGUCAGUGAAGUCGUUGCCUGAGGUCAUCCACAGGAUUGCCCUGGAAGAGCUGAUCAAGGAGGCCAACGGCACGCUCGGCACAAACGAGACAAAACUGGACAACUGGGUUUCUGACAUCACACACCUGAACUGUGAGCGAGAGUUCUUCAGCCAAGCCAGCACCUUCCUGCUCCACCUGGAAGGGGGAAAACUGUCGCGCCGGCUGAAUUACAUCCUCAACAACACGAGCUAUUUCACAGCAAAGCCUGAGAACUCGAAGAACCCCAGGAAGGUUCAAGGACAUCAGGAGAACGUUCCAAAAGGACAGGGGAAUGUUCCAGAACAUCAGAAGAAGGUUCCAAAAGGACAGGGGAAUGUUCCAGAACAUCAGAGGAAGGUUCCAAAAGGACAGGUUAAUGUUCCAGAACAUCAGAAGAAGGUUACAAAAGGUCAAGGGAAUGUUCCUGAACACCAGGGAAAGGUUCCAAAAGGUCAGGGAAAGGUUCCAGAACGUCAGAACUCAGGGAAUGAGAUAAGGCUGAGUGAGCUUCUGAAUAAACUGGUGCUCUGUGGCCAGAAGGUUUUCUCCAGUAAAGUCAAUUAGCAUUGAAACACAAACUGGCAAACGCAUACAUUUACAUUUAUUCAUUUAGCAGACGCUUUUAUCCAAAGGGACUUCCAAGAGAGAGCUUUACAAAGUG